CGGAGAACUACAAUCCCCACAAUACCUUGCGCCUCCCCGCCCUUCUGUGGUUCGCUAGUAGAAGUGCUCCCCACAAUCCUUUGCGGUAGCUCAAGAUGGCGGCGCCCUGUGGCACCCUGAGCGAUUUGGAGAGCAGCAGCAGCGACGCGGAGGAGCUAGCACGGUGCCGCGAGGCGGCGAUGCCGGCCUGGGGCCUGGCGCAGCGCCCGGGAGGGCCGGAGAAGCCAAGAGCAGAUGCCAGAAAUAAUCAGCGGCCAGCCACCCAGCCGAGCCUCAGGCAUAAAGUGGAUGAACAUGAACAAGAUGGCAAUGAACUUCAGACCACCCCCGAAUUCCGAGCUCACGUAGCCAAGAAACUGGGAGCCCUGCUGGACAGCUCAAUUACCAUCUCAGAAGUUGUGAAGGAGCCGGCAAAGGCUGAGGUACAGAAAGUCCCUGCAGAGGAUGAUGGCUUCCGCCUCUUCUUCACUUCCGUCCCUGGAGGCUCCGAGAAGAAAGCUGCUCCCCAGCCUGGCCGAAAGCGAUUACCUUCCGGCUCCAGUGAGGACAGCGAGGAGGAGUGGCAGCGGUGCCGGGAGGCAGCGGUGUCGGCCUCCGACAUCCUCCAGCAGUCUGCCAUCCACGGCCCUAUCAGAGUGGACGGAGAGGCAAAGAAGAAGAAAAAGAAGUUGAGAAAGAAAGCCAAGAAGGAGACCAGCACCGACUUGGUCGCCGCCGCCACCACCACAAGCGGGACCGCAGUUGGGAAGCCGGAAAAGCAGUCACCCCAGCUCAAUGGAGACCACGCAUCACUUGGGACCAAAAAGAAGAGAAGGAAGAAAAAAGCCAAGAAGGCCAAUGAGGCUUCCCCAUUCCCACCAACAAAGAGUGCAGUGGCCAUGCCUGCCAAUUGAUCCCUGCCCACGGGCACAAGGCUCAGCUAGUCCUGAGGACAAGGUGCCCGCCAGGGACAAGGCAUUUCCAAGCCCCACCUCCCUCUCCAAGUUCAAGGACUUGGCUGGCAAGUCCAUACUUGGCCCAUGAUUGGGGCUUGCCCACG